GGCGUCAACGGCGGUACAAUGUUAAAAGGAGACAAUCCUGUGGCUCUAUUGGCGGAUUCUGGUUCUGGGAAUAGACAAUACAACGGAAGCUCACAUGAUGAUGAGGAAUGGUUGGUGGUGGAGAGGGCGUAAAUGUGUAAGUUUUGGAACGGUAAAGGCAGAGGGAAAUGUUAUUUGGUUUUGUAGUUUGAGGGAAUGUGUUGUUUCGAGAGGAACGAAGAGAAGGAAAGUGGAAGUAAAAUUUCAAUUAAAAG